AUGAAUCACAAUAAUGGUUUUGAUUUGUUUAGAGAGCUUCCACUAGAAAUCACUAUCGAUAUACUCUCCAGACUUCCGAUCGGAACCGUUAUCCGGUCCAAGCUCGUCUCCAAGGCAUGGCGUGACGUAAUCAAGUCUCACGAGUUUGUCGAGGCACAUCAUUCUAAACGCGAACACAGACACGAACACGACACUUUCUUUGUAAAGACUAGCUCUGGAGGUUCGGAAGCAUACAAAUUGUUAGAAGGAUACGGAAGCAGCACCCCCACCACCACCACCACUAUAUGCCGCACGGGCACGUUGGCAAAGUAUAAGCCCCUCCUCCCGUAUAGCUCGUCGGUCAUGGGCUUGAUGUUGCUUUUAGGCCCUCGUUCCGAUGUCUUUUCCAUAUGCAACCCGGUUACUCGUGAGUAUGUCAGAGUUCCCGUCCCUCCGCCUCCUAAGAGUCUCGAUCAUCUUUACGAUAUGCGCCUCCCUAAACUUUAUAGAUGUUUUAGUUACGGAAUCGGGGUGAGCAAAAAAAGCAAACAAUAUAAACUAGUGUUUAUAUUUGGGUGUCACGGAUGCCAAGUAUACACUCUAGGAACAGGACAGUGGAGGGUGGGCCCGAGCCCACCCAUAACCGAAGAUUAUUUCUCUGGUGGGGGAAAUUGGGCAUCCCUGGACGGGAAGCUUUACUGGGUAAAAGAUAUGGAGAAUAUUUGCUCAUUCGAUCUUGAAAGCGAGGUUUUUACCAGUUUCUCGGCCCCGCCUUGUCCCAACCAAGUUGUAGGUGAAUCUGUUCAUAAAGGUUCUUUCUUGAGGAGAGUGUGUGUUUUGGAAGAGGGCCUGUGUGUAUGUGAUGCUGCACAAUCCUCAACACAUGAUCUGGAUAUGCUAAUAUGGAUAAUGAGGAGAGAAGGAGUUUGGAGAUUGCAAUGUAGGAUAGUUAAGGCUAACAUUAGGGGAGAUAUGCAUAUGUCUCUCCCAAUUAAAGUGUUGGGUAAGGGAAAAACAAUCUUGUUGGCAUCCGAAGAAGGCUGUGGAGAACGAUAUUGGUACGGCACUAACAACGCUUCAAUCACUCAAAACCAACAAUAUACCUAUGCAUGCCCUUUCACUCAAAACCUUGUUCCAACACCAAGACAAAGAUAUCAUUCACUCCUUUUGAUUUUAAUUUCUAGGUGUUAG